UCCACGAUUGCUUCGUCAACGGAUGUGAUGCGUCGGUCUUGAUUCAAUCAACGCCUAACAACAAGGCCGAGAAGGAUCAUCCAGACAACGUGUCUUUGGCCGGAGAUGGAUUUGAUGUUGUGAUCAAAGCCAAGAAAGCUAUUGACGCAAUCCCAAGCUGCAGAAACAAAGUUUCUUGUGCUGAUAUCCUUGCCUUAGCCACCCGUGAUGUUAUUGUCGCGGCUAAAGGACCGUCUUACAAAGUGGAACUCGGUAGGCGUGACGGUUUGGUAUCAACCGCUGCUAGCGUCAAUGGAAACUUGCCAGGACCAAAUGACAACGUUGACAAACUCAACAAGCUCUUUGCCAAAAACAAACUUACUCAAGAUGAUAUGAUUGCUCUUUCAGCGGCUCACACCCUCGGGUUCGCCCACUGUAGCAAAGUAGCCAACAGAAUCUACAACUUCAACCGCACACACCCUGUUGAUCCAACCAUAAACAAAGCCUACGUUAAAGAACUUCAAGCGGCUUGUCCCAAGAAAGUUGAUCCAAGAAUCGCUAUUAACAUGGACCCAGUUACUCCAAGAACGUUCGACAACAUUUACUUCAAGAAUCUGCAACAAGGCAAAGGACUCUUCACUUCCGACCAAGUUCUCUUCACCGACCGUCGCUCUAGGCCCACCGUUGACGCUUGGGCCAAGAGCUCACCUGCUUUCAACGCCGCGUUUGUAAAAGCUAUGACCAAGCUUGGCCGUGUUGGCGUUAAGGUUGGACGCAACGGUAACAUCCGUCGUGACUGUGGAGCAUUUAACUAAAGAGGGAAAACCGAAAAUUUAUAAACCGUUAUUGAGCUUGUUUUUGAGAUUUGAUUUAAAAUUUUAUUUUUAAUUGUUCUGUUUGUUUCUGCUUCUUGUGUUCUUGAAAACAUUAAAGAAUUGUUGUUUUGAUACU